AUGUCCACCGAGCGCCGCAUAAAGGCUCUCAAGCUGAGAUUGAAGAGCCUAAUGACAUCGCUUAACAACAUCAAGGUGUUCGUCGAUGACUUCGACGAAGAAACUCAGCUCAACGAGGUUCCGGUCCGUUUGGAAAAUCUAACCAAACUUUGGUCGGAUUAUAGUACCGUUCAGAACGAACUGGAGUCGCUCGACGAAACGUCCCUGGACACACACCUGAAGGAUCGAACCACUCUUGAAACGACGUAUUAUCAGGUCAAGGGCUUCUUGCUGGCCCAUAAUAAAAUGCCAAUUAACCAGUACCCAAGUUCUCCAACUCAUUCAGAAACGCAUUUCCCUUCGUCGGCAUCGCAGGUGCGAUUGCCGGAUGUAAAACUGCCGGUCUUCGACGGGAAAUUGGAAAAUUGGCUAAACUUUCACGACCUGUAUAUUUCGCUCGUCCAUUCUGCUACGGGGCUUUCCAAUAUCCAGAAAUUUUAUUACUUACGGUCGUCGCUGUCGAGUGCCGCACUUCAGCUAAUACAAACAAUCCCUAUCAGCGCGAACAAUUAUCCGGUAGCAUGGAAACUGCUAUUGAAUCACUUCCAAAAUCCAGCACGACUAAAACAGUCGUAUGUAGAUGCACUGUUCGACUUUUCUCCUCUGAAACGUGAAUCUGCAGCAGAACUCCACAGCCUUGUGGAAAAAUUUGAAGCCAAUGUGAAGGUGCUCCAGCAGCUUGGCGAACGCACGGAGUUCUGGGACGUGUUGUUAAUUCGGAUGCUCAGUUUGCGCCUCGACCCAACCACCCGAAGGGACUGGGAGGAGUACUCUUCUUCCAAAGGAGCUGUCAUCUUCAAGGACUUGAUUACGUUUCUUCAGCGUCGUGUGACUGUCCUUCAGUCCAUCAAUUCAAAGCCUAUCGACCUUCAACUCUUCACCCAGCAGAAGAAACCAGUUCAACGGACCGUCUCUAGCCAUGGAGCCAGCCAGGUCAACCCUCGUAAGUGCAUCGCAUGUUCAGAAAAUCAUCCGCUCUACAUGUGCCAAAGCUUUUCUAAGAUGUCAGCCGAGGAGAAGGAAAAGGAAGUUCGUCGGCACCAACUCUGUCGAAACUGCCUUAGAAAGGGUCACCAAUCCAAGGAGUGCUCAUCAUCUACCAAUUGCCGUAAGUGUCGCGGCAGACAUCAUAGCCUACUUUGCGCAAACGACUCGUCAUCCUCUACCCCGAAGCCUGCCAAUUCAAUGCAAUCCAAGCCACCAGUCGUUACUACUCCGGUCAGCGAUUCUCCGACUACCUCGGUAUCCGCGAACCUUGCCGAAUCGAUCAGUUGUGCCUCCACUGGUCACCGCCAGAAAACCGUCCUCCUGGCCACUGCCGUUAUUAUUCUCGUUGAUGACAAUGGCGUUGAACACGUUGGUCGAGCCCUCUUGGAUUCAGGCAGCGAAUGUUGCUUUGUAACUGAGAGUUUUUCACAACACAUCAAGGCGCAACGGAAACGCAUCCACCUACCAAUCAGUGGGAUCGGACAGGCAGCCACACAUGCAAGACAGAAGUUUACGUCCACCGUUCGUUCCCGUGUUGGAGCCUAUUCCGCCGAUGUUGAAUUCCUCGUCCUACCAAGGGUUACAAUUGAUUUACCAGCAGCUGCGGUCGAUACUUCGACCUGGGACCUGCCUCCAGGCUUGCAACUAGCAGAUCCAUCGUUUGACAAUACCAAUCCCAUUGACAUUAUUAUCGGUGCGGAAAUAUUCUUCGAAUUGUUUCGUGUUCCAGGACGGAUUUCCUUGGGUGAUCAUCUUCCGGUGCUUAUCAAUUCUGCUUUUGGUUGGGUGGUCUCGGGAAAAUCCUCAACUAGCGUAUCCACCUCGCCUGUCGUCGCUAACCUCGCCACCGUAGCUGAUGUCCACCGGCUGAUGGAAAAAUUUUGGACAAUAGAAGAAAGUGUCUCUACAUCAUACUCUGUCGAAGAACAAGCCACUGAGGACCAUUUCCUGCAGACUGUAUCCCGCACAUCAGAGGGCAGGUAUGUCGUAAGAUUGCCGUUCAAAACCGAGAUUCUACCCCACGUCAGCGACAACCGUCGCACUGCCGUUCGCCGUCUACACUUUCUGACAAAUCGACUUGACCGCAACCCGGAGUUUCGCCAACAAUACAAGGAAUUCAUCGACGAAUAUAGAGACCUCGGACAUAUGCAGCGCACCCACGACUAUGAGGACCCAUCUAUCAAUCACUAUUAUCUUCCUCACCAUGCUGUGGUACGGGAAGACAGCAGCACUACGAAAUUGCGGGUCGUCUUCGAUGCGUCCUGUAAGACGCCAACAGGACCCUCAUUAAACGACGCGCUCAUGGUCGGGCCAACAGUGCAGGAGGACAUUCGAUCAAUUACGAUGCGAUCUAGGAAACAUCAGAUCAUGAUCGUCGCAGAUAUCAAAAUGAUGUAUAGGCAAGUUAUCGUGGACCCCAGAGACACCCCAAUGCAACUCAUCGUGUGGAAACCAGCUCCCGACCAACCCAUGGAAACGUAUGAGUUGAAGACCGUUACGUAUGGAACAGCUAGUGCGCCGUUCCUAGCCACUCGGGUGUUAAAACAACUGGCGGAUGAUGAAGGCUCACAAUUCCCGAUAGCUGCAUCAGUUUUGAAAAAGGACUUCUACGUCGAUGAUCUCUUUUCCGGUGGUCGAAAUGCAGCAGAAGUCAUCAAACUCCGAGACCAGCUAGAAGCUCUUCUGGCAAAGGGUGGAUUCCAAUUACGGAAAUGGGCGUCGAAUGACGAAUCCGUUCUUGAAGGUAUUCCCAAUGAAAAUCGAGCUGUGAAACCUUCCGUCGAGCUUGACCAGGACCAGGUGAUUAAAACUCUCGGGCUGCAUUGGGAACCCGCGACGGACUGUUUGCGAUACCGAAUUGAACUGCCACCGGAGAGGACCGACCAGCCCCUUACUAAACGGCAAACGUUGUCCCUCAUCGCUCGACUGUACGACCCGCUCGGUUUAGUGGGACCCGUGGUAACAACCGCGAAGGUUUUCAUGCAAAACCUAUGGACACUGAAGGACGACAAUGGAACGCCAUGGAGUUGGGAUCGAGAGUUGCCAUCGGAAUAUCGAGCACAUUGGAAAAGGUACCAGGAACUACUACCGAUGCUCAACAAUCUUCGUAUCGAGCGAUGCAUUUUACUUCCAUGUGCUGAAACAGUGCAAAUCCACAUAUUCUCGGAUGCCUCCCAGAUUGCUUACGGUGCCUGCGCCUACAUAAGGUCCAUUGAUGCGGUCGGUUCGAUCAAAGUUGCUCUUCUAACGUCGAAGUCUAGGGUGGCCCCUCUAAAGCGAACCAGCAUUCCUCGUCUCGAACUAUGCGGAGCAUUGGUGGCUGCGGAAUUGUACGAAAAAGUGAAGUCAUCCUUGCAGAUCGACGCAGAAUGUUUCUUCUGGGUGGACAGUACCAUUGUGCUCUCCUGGCUGAACGCUUCGCCUUCCAUGGAAUCAUGUGGCCGGGGUGGAGAAUCCAGCAGAUUGCGUUUCACGAGGGCUUCCUGCAGACGUUAUAAUGGAUACCGAUCUCUGGUGGCACGGACCAAAAUGGCUCCAACAACAGCAAUCCUGCUGGCCAAUACCCGAGACCACCGAUAA